GAACGGUGAUCACUUCCUACCUUUCGACCUCAAGUGAACGAUCUGCAAAGUUUGAAACUGGGGGGUUUUGCUAUUUAAGGGGACUUUUCAAAAAGACCACAAACCCCAAUUCGAGGUCAUAGGUCAUAGGCAUGCUCUUCUGCCCAAACUGCGCGAAUAUGCUCGUCAUCUCGACAGAGACGGGCUUUAACAAAUGGGCAUGUAAUACAUGUGCGUAUGAGUUCCCCAUUGCAAAGCAGAUGACUUCUCGGACAAAACUCAAGAGGAAAGAGGUUGACGAUGUUCUUGGAGGCGAUGAAAUGUGGAAACACGCAGAUUCCACUUCCGCCACUUGUCCCAAGUGCGACCAUGGAAGAGCGUACUUCUAUCAAUUGCAGAUUCGGUCUGCCGAUGAGCCAAUGACUACAUGUAUGUUUUGCCUCUUCCUGAUUUAUUUCCACCGUGCCAACCAAGCCUACAAUCCCCCAGUCUAUCGAUGUACAUCUUGCGGAAACCAAUGGCGAGAAAACUAGCAUUUGGUCGUCCGCGCCCCCAUCUCUCAGCGGAAUGCUGCUGCCUGCCUCGCAAUUCUGGGCUACUCCCAAAAUCUGACCAUAAGACAUGUGACGAGUCAAGAAACACGUUGCUCGCUGUUCCUUCUGUAUUUGACUAUGUUGGAUCACAGGAGGGAAGCCACUGUAUACUCUGUCAAGAGUGUCAUUCCCACCCGCGUAGAGGUGCGCCCAGAGGCGUGCGGUGUUGUGGAGUUUUGACUGGUACUGUCGGCUGAGUACUGAGUAUCCAAUUGUUAGCUAUUCUAGAGUCCAUUUUGGACCAAACAACCGUGCAGUAUGAUUUCUAGAUGCUUUCAAUCGUACUGACGUACUCCUUUCUCAUCAAUGGCGAUUCGUACAAACUU